CGCUUGCGCGCGUGUGUGGCUGUUUGAAAGAGAGAGGUCCACAGGUCAGUCAUGUCUCACUCUACCAUCGCGCGGGAAGGGAACACAUCGUCCUCUCAGUGGCUCCUGUGACCAGGGUAGAGUUCCAGAAUCAGCGACGUCAUGUCGAAUACUGAUGAUGGGAGCCGCCCAGUGCCCACUCAUGCCCGCAGUUUGGUAUUCAUAGGACUCGAGAGGUCUCCCCCUUACAUCCUAGAAUCCUCCAAGAUUCCUUCGGAACUGGAGGACGGGGAGGUGUUGUUGUCGAUAGAGCUUGCCACAAUCUGCGGCUCCGAUAUUCACACGUUGGUGGGACAAAGGACGACUCCAAACCCUUGUGUCCUUGGCCACGAGGGAUGCGGCGUGGUGGUGAAAUCGAGCCGCCCGGAUGUGCAAGAAGGAGACAAAGUCACCUGGGGCAUCUGUGCUUCUUGCGACAAUUGUCAGUUCUGCUCUUUGGGUCUUUCCAAUAAGUGUGAAAAUCUAAUCAAGUGUGGCCACGUACUCAUGAAAAAGGCACCGCUCUUUGGCACAUAUUCAACACACAUCCGUUGUCCCAGAGGAACGCCCAUCGUUUCUCUACCUCCCGCCCUCACGCCCCAACUAGCAGCGCCCAUCAACUGUGCCCUGGCUACUAUGGUCAAUGCAAUGUCGAAGAUCCCGCCCGUUCCUAGCCCUGGGGAGCGAGGGGCGUCGGUUGCUCUGGUUCAGGGCGCAGGAAUGCUCGGCCUUUACGGCAUAGCUUUGCUGAAGGAGUCCGGCUUCUCCAAGAUCUACUGCAUCGACGUGAACCUUCCCAGACUGUCGAAGGCGGCGGAAUUCGGAGCUAUUCCCGUCCACCCAGACCAAGCCUGGCCCUAUGCAACGGAACCAAAUGAAGAGGUCAUUCGUCCUGACAGUGUUGACGUCGUUUUCGAAGUCUGUGGCAACAAGGACGGCUUGCCUCAAGGUGUUAGAGCACUUCGGGUAGGCGGGACUUACGUCCUCAUCGGCCUUGUGCACAGAGAUUCCAGGAUGAACAUUUUGGCGCAGACCGUCAUCACGAAAUGCCUCACGUUAAUUGGUGUGCAUAACUACACGGGUAAGCACUUGGAAGAGGCCGUGAAGUUCCUCAGUCAGCAUCACGACAGGUAUCCAUUUUCCUCGCUGAUGGGACCAGUCUACCCGCUGACACAAUUCAGGAACGCCGUGGAAGCAGCAAAGUCUGGGCGCUUCUUCCGAGUGGGAAUAAAUCCGCAGUAGUAAUAAAUCUGAGUGGAAGUAAAUAGUCUUGAAUUAUUGUUAUUAUACCAUUACUAAAUCAGAGGAUUAUAUAUAAAUAUCACAUAUAAUAAAACGUUAAGACAUACA